AUGAAGUUAAUCAAAGUAUUCUUUGUAUUUCUCAUCCAGCUUUUGGAUAUUUUUAUGGCGUCACCUGUACCAGCUUUAUAUAUGGAAACACCUGUACGGUUUUGCGGACAACAGUUGGCAGUUGAACUAUCCAUCAUUUGCAAGGGGCGAUAUAAUGAAGCUAGAGGUAAUGGACAUCGGCAUCAUAAAAGGGGUAUUAUCGAUGACUGUUGUUUAAAAACUUGUACAAGACAAUACGUCAAAAUAAACUAUUGUGGACCUGAACCGGCUGAACCAAAAAUGACUAAACCUGUAGAAACAACUACAACCAGUAGACCAAAGAAAAUAAACAAAGUGCCACUUAAAGGAGGAGACCUUCUUACCCAAUACUUUAACAAUGUUGUAUUGAAUAUUCCAAAAGAAACCUUGCUAACCAACUAA